AUGGCCGGCGCACCUGCCGCUGAUGGUAUCCGCGUCCAGCUGAUGACGGCAGCAGAGGGCGCGGCAAAGGCGGCGGCCGAACGGGGACAGAGAGCGUUUGCCAACUCGAUCGUAGGGAGCCUGGUCAAGGUUCGUAAGUACGAGGACAAUGAGUUGCGUGCACGGGCGCUAUCUGUUAUUCCUAGCGAUAAGCUGGAAGCUGCGGCGGCGGCAGCCGUGGCGCAGUCGGGACGGGCGAUAGCCGAUGAGCUCCUCCGCCAGCUGCUCACAUGGUUCAAGGAAGAGUUCUUUGCUUGGUGCCAAGCACCGGUCUGCCGAGCGUGCGGCGGCGGAACCCAAGGAGCAGGAGCGGUGGCGCCGGCAGCGGAAGAGGCCGCGUUUGGCGCUGCCGUCACCGAGAUCUACCGCUGCCCGGCGGCUGGAUGCGGGGCCGAGACGAGGUUCCCGCGGUACAACGACCCGGGAAAGCUGCUGGAGACCCGCAUGGGCAAGUGCGGCGAGUUUGCCAACGCGUUUACGCUCUGCUGCGUCGCUAUGGGCUACGAGGCUCGGCAUGUCCACGACCACACUGACCAUGUGUGGACCGAGGUCUGGUCCGCCGCGCAGCACCGAUGGAUCCACUGCGACCCGUGCGAGUCGCAGAUGGACAAUCCGCUUCUGUAUGAGGCUGGAUGGGGCAAGCAGCUCAACUACAUCAUCGCGGUGAGUGUCACCGGCGUCGCCGAUGUCACUCGUCGCUACACCCGUCAGUGGGACGCAGUGGCGGCCCGGCGGACAAAGGUCUCCGAGGCCUGGCUCGCCAACCACAUUGCCGAGCUCAACGCCGGCAUCCAGGCAGCGCUGCCGCCUAAGCGUGCUCGUGACGUCGCCGCUCGCCUUGCCGCCGAGCAGGUCGAGCUUGCGGUCGCCAUUCUGACGCCGCUGCAGGCCGCCGAGCGCGCCCGCCUCCGGGGCCGGAUGACCGGCUCGGUCGAAUGGCGCGCGGCACGGGCCGAGCUGGGGCUCGGAGACGGCGAGACCCGGAUCGAGGUUGUGGAGCCUAUCGACCCCGCUGCGCCGACUCGAAUUCGUUGGUGGGCGCCGGCGCGGGCCGAGUUUGAGGCCUCGUACCUCGACGCCAUCGCAGUGAGGCGCGUUGACGGGACGACAGUCGACACACAGCGGGUCUUCGCACACGGAGAAGACCACGGUGAGGUAGUCUUUCCGCCCGGCGUUGUUGCGCCGGGACAUGUUGUCGUGUACCUGCUGUGUGGCGAUGUCGAGAGCGUGGCUGCAAGCGUUGAGGUGGUGGCAGGGCGCGAGCGCGAGUGCGAGCGCCAGCACGAGCGCGAGCACGAGCGCGAACACGAGCGCCAGCACGAGCGCGAGCACGAGCGCCAGCACGAGCGCAAGCGAGAACGCAUCUGUCCGUCAUAG